UUUCAGUUUGUUCAUACCUGCUCAAAUUAUUUACCGAGGUAAAACUCUCUAAAAACUAGUACGAAAUUCAAUUUUAUCCUCAAGUUGUUACAGACUUUGCCUGCCUAUAUAUUUGGGAACAACGUUGCCUUACUCCACACUACUCAUAACCAUCUCACCUGCCUUCUUUUCUUUGUUCUUUCUCCAGUGAUCAUUUCUUCGUUUUUCUUUCAUCUACAUCUCCCCAUAUCACUUUUUCUCUCUCUCUCUCUCACACAUAGUUGCUCAAUUUGGACAUAUCGACCUGAAGUGACUUUCAUAUCAGAAGCCACGACUUAAGACUGUCAUCGUCACCACGAGCAGAGAGUAUACAGGGGGGCAAAGAAACUAUUAGUAGACGGACCAUCACUUGCUGGAGAGAUAUUUAUAAUACUCUAUUCAAAGAAUGGAUCCCUCCAAUUCCUUUGAAUCUCAAGCAUCUGUUAAUGCUAAUCAGCCCGAGCAAACAGAGACCAUCACUUUCAUGAAUCGUGAUUACUACAAUGCUGCAGCAGAAGGCAAAGUCGAGGUCUUCAAAAAUAUCAUCGAUCCUGAGCCUCUUGACCUCUUACUAACGCCAAAUAAAAAUACAAUCCUCCAUAUUUACAUCACAGCCCUCAAUUCUGGAUCCAAUUCAACCACCCCCAAUGCAGGAACGGAAUCAACAACCCUUAUUGGACGAUUAGGAUCAACAAUUAACUUUGUGAAAAAAAUUCUCAAAAUCUGUCCCUCAUUAUUACGGCAAGCCAAUGCCAAAAGUGAAACUCCAUUGCACACUGCGGCAGGAUCAGAACCAACAACAACCCUCAAUGCAGGAGCGGAAUCAACAACCAACUUUGUGGAAGAAAUUCUUAAAAUGUGUCCCUCAUUAUUAUGGCAAGCCAAUGCCAAAUGUGAAACUCCAUUGCACAUUGCGGCAAGGUACGGGCAUGAUGGCAUAGUGGAAGUUCUAAUCGAAUAUUGUGCCCAAACUCGCGCCCAAACUCGCCAUGAUCAAGACCUUGAAGAGGAGAUUGAACCAGUAAAGGAACUGCUGAGGAUGACGAACAAAGAGAAAGACACGGCUUUGCAUGAGGCUGUACGUUAUAAUCACCUUGAGGUGGUAAAAUUGUUGAUUAGUAAAGACCCAGAUUUUUCAUAUUCUGCUAAUGAUGCUGGUGAGACUCCACUUUACAUAGCUGCCGAGAGAGGGUUUGAAGAUGUGUUGUUCGAAAUUUUAGACAAAUGCAAAUCACCAAUGCAUGGGGGUCCCCUUGGUAGGACGGCUUUGCAUGCUGCCGUAAUGCCGAGUGGCACAGGUAUGAUUAAAAGAAUUCUUGAAACAAUUGAUGGUAUAAGUAGAGAAGUGGACAAUAACAGAUGGACCCCGCUUCACUUGGCUGCAUACUUCGGCUAUGAAAACAUAGCAAAGCAAUUGUUGGAUAAAGAUAGAGAAGUAGCAUACAUGAAAGACACAGAGGGUAGGACACCUCUUCAUAUUGCAGCUCAACGUAGUAACGCUAAUACAAUGAAGGUGAUUGUAGAAAGGUGUCCAGAUUGUUGCGAACUGGUUGAUAACAGAGGUUGGAAUGUACUCCAUUUUGCUAUCAAAGUACAGAGAUACUAUUUAGAGAAAAUCAUGGAUAUUAUAAUAGAAAAUUGGUCUUUUAGCAACCUUUUGAAUGAGAAGAAUGCCGAUGGGGAUACACCUCUUCAUUUCUAUGCCACUACUUCUUCGGAAUCAUUAAUAGUGUUAAAGAAGUUCGUUCGUCACCCUCGACUCGACAAGAUGGCCUUCAACAAACAACACCUCAACGCGCAGGAAAUCGUCUUUGCAACUGAAACACGUUCACGUACUUCAUGAGAUAAUUGAAAUUUGGAAGGCAUUGGGUCGACUACCUCA